AUGGUCAGAAGCAGUCCAGAUACUAAAGUUAAGAAAUUUCUGUGCAACUUAAGCACGUACAAGGCGGGUGAUCCUUUUGCAACUAGUCUAGCUUAUGUUCUCGACGAAUUGAAGUUUGCAACUCCAGAUCACGAGAAUUAUGAUUUUAUUUUAUUUUUUGAUAUUUAUCCUAACCCUAAUGCUUUUGCAUAUGGGCAUGAUUCUUGUGACCAAGACCUCACAAGCUCAGACUGCUCCGAGUGUUUCAGUGCUGCCAAGAAGGUCACUGUACGAUCAUGUCCGAAUCGGAUUGGGGCUCAAGUUGUGCUUCUUGAUUGUGAAAUUAGGUAUGAGCAAUACCCAUUUUCCAAUUAA